AUCCCACUUCCUAAUUAAUUCUUCCUAUCUUCUCCUCCUAGGAUUCUCUCCUCUCUUGCUCCGCCUUCCACCUUUCAAAUUUUUGUCCUCCAUAAAAUGGCAACAGAUCACAAUAUGAUUGUCGACGAGGACCUUGUCGACGCCAAUGAACUGGUCCCCGUGACAAUUCCAACAUCACAAAAGGCAAAACGAUAUAUACCUCAUCUCUUGAGAAAGGUGGUUGCAGAGGUUAUAGCGACAUUUAUGCUGGUAUUUGUGACUUGCGGCGCAGCUGCCAUAGCGAACACUGAUGCAAACAAGGUGUCUAGGCUAGGAGCUUCAGUAGCUGGAGGGCUUAUAGUGACGGUGAUGAUAUAUGCAGUAGGACACAUCUCCGGGGCACACAUGAAUCCUGCUGUCACCUUAGCUUUCGCCUCUGCCAGGCAUUUUCCAUGGAAACAGGUCCCAUUUUAUGCAGCAGCUCAACUAACAGGAGGGAUCGCUGCGGGUUUCGUACUUCGUGUUCUGCUGAAUCCCAUUCAUCGCCUUGGCACAACAGCUCCUUCUGGCUCUGAUCUUCAAGCUCUUGUCAUGGAAAUUAUUGUCACAUUUUCUAUGAUGUUCGUCACUUGCGCUGUCGCCACUGAUACAAAAGCUGUAGGAGAGCUAGCGGGUUUAGCUGUUGGUUCUGCCGUAUGCAUAAGUUCCAUCGUGGCCGGACCGAUAUCAGGUGGAUCAAUGAACCCAGCAAGGACUCUAGGACCAGCACUUGGUAGCUUUUACUACAAGGGACUUUGGGUGUAUUUCGUUGGGCCACCGAUAGGAACUCUAUCAGGGGCAUGGGCCUACACUUUCAUCAGGGAGACUGACGGGUCUGUCAAGCCCAGCUCAUUCUCCAUCAAGCUCCGUCGCUUAAUUAGCACCGAGCAAAGCGUUCGCAACAUAGGACCUGACUCUCCUGUCUAAUUAAUUAUAGCUCCUCAGCAAUUGAGAGAGAUUGCAGAGUUGGAGAAAUGCCAGCGUGUGAUGUGUGUGGUUUUACUUGCCUUGUUGCCUUGCCUGCAACAACUAUUGAGUGUAUUGGGUGCGAUGUAACUCUGUAAAUGUACUCUACAAAAAAUGCUUGAUGGUUGUUUAUGCUAUAUAAAUAUACAUAAGAAGCCAACCGGCGGUGGUUCAAGGCUCACUUGUAAAGUAUGGUAAUUUCACUUCUUCUUCUUUUUUUUUGAAAAUAGAUAAUGGUAAUUUCA